AUUUCUCUGGUUGUAUUUAACGAAUCGCCACGGACUAUGGUUUGGUUACUGGGACUAUUGCCAAUCCUUUGCGCCAGCGUUUUAGCUUCUCGUAAAGAUAACAGUGCUAAUAGCAUUAUACUCAACGAGGGAACUAUAAUGGUAAACACAUCUACUUCGGGUCUCACGGAAGCGGAGGGAAAGACUUAUGUGCCAGGACCUGGAUACAUUCAAGAGACCGUCAUUGGCAAAAAACCGAGUUCUUCAGGCCGGCAGUUGCCAGGUCUUGGAAGUGAUAUCGUUGUUGUGAGCGAAAGUAAGCAAACGAGGGGCAAUGAACAAAAUAUUGUUAACUCCAGAGUGCAAACGGUUACCAGACAGCCCAACAAGCCUAGAAAAGAUCUAUUUCAUGGUGGAAACAAGCCCAACUUUCCUAGAAAAGAUACAUUUUAUGGUAGAAACAAGCCUGAAAAUUAUCCUUUUAAUGGUAGAUACACGCCCAUCUAUCCUAGAAAAGAUCUAUUUCAUGGUAGAAACGAGCCCAACAAUCCUAAUAAUGAUCUAUAUUAUGGUGGAAACAAGCCCAACUAUCCUAGGAAGGAUCUAUUUAAUGGUAGAAACAAGCCCAACAAUCCUCAAAAUGAUCUAUUUGAUGGUAUAAUCCGACCUAACAAGCCUAAAAAUGAUAUAUUUCAGGGUAUAGAGGUGCCAAGAAAUAUUUAUGAGGCCCUUGAACAUGAAAUCAUUGACCACGAUCAUCACGAUUGAAACAUCCUUCAAUUAUUCAUUUAAUUGGGAAGGAAAUACAUUUAUUGUGAAUCGAAAAAUAAAUCCAUAUAUUUUCAAAGCUAA